UCUGUCUGUCUGUCAGCCUGUGUGUGUGUGUGUUCCUGGUGCUGGGGUCUGGGUCCUCCUCCUCCUCCUCCUCAAUCUCGUCUGUCCACGGCCUUAGGCCUUUGUCAUCGUUCGGCUGGCCGUGAGUCCGUGGGACUGAAGACCGCGUUCUCCGCCCAGAUGAGUUUGUCGUUGAGCGUGCGCGGCUCGCGUGGUUUGAGCCUGUUCGAGCCGACCGAGGGCACGCAAACCGGAGGUCCGGUCACCACGUGGCAGCCGGCCUCGGAUCCGGAUCAGGCCAUCCAGGAUGGGGCCAAAAAUGUCAGGGUCAUGGCCUAUUCUCCGGCCGGCGAUAUGUUCGCGUGGUCCAAUGGGGUCCAGGUCCAAGUGGUGGGUCAUAGCGAGGGCACCUGGCGUCCGGUCGCCCAAAUUCCGCACGCCAAGGCUUCGCAUUUGAUCUUCUCGCCUUUGGGUCGCAUCUUGGCCACGUGGGAGGUGUUUUCCACGAAAGCCGGUCAAAACCCCGAGCCCAACCUUCAUCUGUGGAACCCCAAGAGCGGCGAAAAACUGGCCUCGUUCACUCAGAAGAAGUUAGCCUUUUGGUGCCCGCAAUGGGCACGAGAUGAAAGUGUGUGCUGCCUGCGAAGUCCCAACAACGAAGUGCUCUUCUUUCGCGAUAACAACUUUAAAGACGUCGACAAGCGACUCUCAGUGGCCAAGAUGGAGUCGUUCAGCUUCGCGUCCACCACCGAGGGCCAGCAUCACGUCAUCUGCUUCAUCCCCGGUCAGAAAGGCGGACCCAGCACGGCUCAGCUCUAUGCCUAUCCCAAGUUCAAUCCUGAAACGGACGUGGUGGCCAAGAAGAGCUUCUUCCAAUCGGACCGCAUGGAGGUUUACUGGAGUUGGAACGGCAAGAAUGCUCUUCUCCUCACGCAGUCAGAGGUGGACAAGACCGGGGCCUCCUACUACGGCAAGCAGCAGCUUCAUUUUGUCAACACCAAGGGCGACACGAAUCAGGUCCACUUAGCCAAAGAUGGGCCUAUUCACGCCCUUCAGUGGAGUCCCAGGGACUCCCUGUACUGCGUGGUCUAUGGCUUCAUGCCAGCCAAGGCCACGCUUUUCAAUCAGAAGUGCGAGAAAGUGUUCGACUUUGGCACGGGGGCCAGAAAUACCGUGCUCUUCAACCCCCAGGGCAACCUGUUGAUGAUUGGAGGGUUCGGGAACCUGCGUGGAAACGUGGAAAUGUGGGCCGUUCAGGCCAAGCGAGAGGUGUGCCAGUUUGAGGCCACGGAUGCCACUGACAUUCGCUGGUCGCCCAAUGGAAAAUAUCUCAUGACGUCCACGUGUGCCCCCCGUCUUCGUCAGGGCAAUGGGUUCAAGGUCUGGCAUUACACCUCGAGUCUGAUUUUUGAGCAUCCGAUUGAAACGCCUGGUGAGGAGCUGUGGGAGGUGGCUUGGCAGAAUGCACCUCCCGAAAAGUUCCUGGCCUUUCAAAUUCAAUACAAACCCGUGGAGGGUAUCCAACCCAAACAACCCGUGGCUUCCAAGGAAGCAUACCGUCCCCCCGGCAUGCGCAACAAGGUCUCCACCUUCAAGCUGCACGACGAGGAUGAACCCGCGGAGAAUGUGAGGAAACCGGGGGCGGUGGCCGCGCCCAACGAAGAGUUGUCGCGCUCUGCCGCCAAAAAUCGCCGUCGACGCAUGAACCGCAAAGAUCGCGCUGGCGGAGAGAGUGGAACCGCUGCGGCCAACGGCAGGGAGGAAUCGCCCGGCGAGCCCAAGCGAAGCUUGGAGGUCACUGGCGACCCGAUCAAAGACAAGAAGCUCCGGAAAUUGAACGACAAACUGGUCCAGAUCGCCAAAUUGAAGGAACGCAUCAAAGCGGGCGAGACCCUCGAGCUGAACCAGUUGGAAAAGAUCGAGAAGGAGCAAGAGCUCACCGACGAGGUGAACAAAUUGAAAUUGUGAUAGUCGCAACAAGAAACAAACAAACGGAAAUUCAAGCCCGCUCGUCUACACAAGCGAUGCUUGAAUAGAUAUACCUGCAGAUGCCCUCAAUCCUCAGUGUAGAGAUGCAACAAUCAUGGCAGUCGACCUGGCCGCAUCAGGUCAGGAUUUGCACUUAUGUAAUGUGGUGUGUCUACGCUCAGAGACAAGGAAAGCCAUCCUAUUUAACAUCAAUAAUUAUUGGACGAAUUAAAUGAGAAUAUCUUUCGUCAACAAACGGG